CGGGAUUUCUCAGGGAACAGAGAAGCGGGCAGCGCUUGGCGGUGGCCGUCCUGAGACGGUUGGUCUGUGGCCGCGGUGUCCCUUCCCAUUCCCCCGGACCCCUCACGGGAGCCCGAGGCCUGCCUGCCUGGCCGGCCGCCCACUCCUCCGCCCAGGCCCGACCCGGCCUUCUGCCUUUCCCUCAGCGCGGGGAGGAGAAAGACGGGAGACGCGGACGAGGAUUCGCCGCGCCGGCUCUUGAGGCGAGGCGGUGCUCACCGGCGGCGGCGGCACGCAGGUUUCGUAGGGCUUUCCUGAGCAUGAAUUCAGGAUGAAGCGGCGAGUGGAGGAACAGGACUCCCCCGUCUACGCGUCCCAGCAGAGACGCAUCGCCAGCAGCGCCGAGCCCUUCCAGCACCAACAUCGCGUGCUCGCUCCGGCCCCCCCUGUCUAUGAAUCGGUUUCGGAGACCAUGCAAUCCGCUACCGGGAUCCAGUACUCGGUCACUCCCAGCUACCAGGUGUCCACCGUUCCCCAGAGCUCCAACAGCCACGGCCCCACUUUAGCCGCCGUCCACAGCGGGCAUCACCACCCCACCCCGGUUCAGCCCCACGGAAGCCAAGUGGUGCAGAGCCAUGCCCAUCCGACUCCGCCAGCAGCACCAGUCCAGGGGCAGCAGCAGUUCCAGAGGCUGAAGGUCGAAGAUGCUCUUUCUUACCUUGACCAGGUGAAGCUGCAAUUCGGUAGCCAGCCUCAAGUCUACAAUGAUUUCUUGGACAUAAUGAAGGAGUUUAAAUCUCAAAGCAUCGACACUCCCGGGGUGAUCAGCCGUGUCUCUCAGCUCUUCAAAGGCCACCCAGAUUUGAUCAUGGGUUUCAACACCUUCCUGCCUCCCGGCUACAAAAUUGAAGUCCAGACCAACGACAUGGUGAAUGUAACCACCCCGGGGCAGGUGCACCAAAUCCCGGCCCACGGUCUCCAGCCCCAGCCGCAGCCGCAGCCGCAGCACCCGUCUCAACCUUCAGCACAAUCUGCUCCCACCCCGGCGCAGCCGGCCCCACAGCCCCCACCCGCCAAGAUCAGCAAGCCCUCCCAGCUACAGACCCAUACGCCCACCAGCCAGCAAACUCCUCCGGUCCCUUACGCCUCCCCUCGCUCUCCGCCGGUCCAGCCCCACACGCCCGUGACAAUCUCCCUGGGGACCACCCCGUCCCUCCAGAACAAUCAGCCCGUGGAGUUUAACCACGCCAUCAACUACGUCAACAAGAUCAAGAACCGUUUUCAAGGGCAGCCGGACAUUUAUAAGGCUUUUUUGGAGAUACUCCACACCUAUCAGAAAGAGCAGCGAAAUGCCAAGGAAGCCGGUGGGAACUACACCCCAGCGUUGACCGAACAGGAAGUCUAUGCCCAGGUGGCACGCCUCUUUAAGAACCAGGAGGACUUGCUCUCCGAAUUCGGGCAGUUCUUGCCAGAUGCAAAUAGCUCCGUUCUCUUGAGCAAGACCACUGCAGAGAAAGUGGAGUCGGUGAGAAACGACCACGGAGGCACCAUCAAGAAGCCCCAGCUUAACAGCAAGCAGCAGAGGCCCAAUCAGAACGGCUGUCAAAUCCGGAGGCACGCCACCCCGGGGGUCACCCCGCCAGUGAAGAAGAAACCAAAGCUCCUUAAUUUGAAGGACCCAUCCUUCGUAGAAGCUGGCAAACACGGGACAGAGUCUCUGUUCUUUGACAAGGUCCGCAAAGCACUGCGCAGCACGGAGGCCUACGAGAAUUUCCUCCGGUGCCUCGUCAUUUUCAAUCAGGAGGUCAUAUCCCGAGCUGAGCUUGUACAGCUGGUUUCUCCCUUUCUGGGAAAAUUUCCGGAGUUGUUCACUUGGUUUAAAAACUUCCUGGGUUACAAAGAAUCCUCACAUCUGGAAAGUUUCCCGAAGGAGCGAGCUACCGAGGGGAUAGCGAUGGAGAUAGACUACGCUUCCUGCAAACGGCUGGGCUCCAGCUACCGAGCCUUGCCCAAAAGUUACCAGCAGCCCAAAUGCACAGGUCGGACGCCAUUGUGCAAGGAGGUUUUGAAUGACACCUGGGUCUCCUUCCCAUCCUGGUCCGAAGAUUCUACGUUUGUGAGCUCGAAGAAAACUCAGUACGAAGAGCACAUCUACCGAUGCGAGGAUGAACGGUUUGAGCUGGAUGUGGUCUUGGAGACCAACUUAGCGACCAUCCGAGUCUUGGAAACGAUACAGAAGAAGCUCUCCCGCUUAUCGGCGGAAGAGCAAGCCAAAUUCCGUCUCGACAACACCUUGGGGGGCUCCUCCGAAGUGAUCCAUCGCAAAGCUCUGCAGAGGAUAUACGCGGACAAAGCUGCCGACAUCAUCGACGGCCUUCGGAAAAAUCCAGCCGUCGCUGUCCCCAUUGUGCUGAAAAGGUUGAAAAUGAAAGAAGAGGAAUGGCGGGAAGCCCAGAGGGGAUUCAACAAAGUGUGGCGGGAACAAAACGAGAAAUACUAUUUGAAAUCCCUGGACCAUCAAGGCAUCAACUUUAAGCAGAACGACACCAAGGUCUUGCGAUCCAAGAGUCUGCUCAGCGAGAUUGAGACCAUUUAUGACGAGAGGCAAGAACAAACCUCGGACGACAACACUGGCCCUCACCUCUCCCUGGCCUACGAGGACAAGCAGAUUCUGGAGGACGCCGCCUCCCUGAUCAUCCACCACGUGAAGCGUCAGACGGGCAUCCAGAAAGAGGACAAGUACAAAAUCAAGCAGAUCAUGUACCACUUCAUCCCGGACCUUCUCUUCGCCCAGCGAGGGGAGCUCUCCGACCUGGAGGAGGAGGAAGAGGAAGAAAUGGACGUGGACGAAAACUCCGGGGCGGUGAAGAAGCACAACGGGGUGGGGGGCAGCUCCCCCAAAGCCAAGCUGCUCUUCAGCAGCACGGUGGCUCAGAAGCUGCGCAGCCUGGACGAGGCCUACAACCUCUUCCACGUCAACAACAACUGGUACAUCUUCCUGCGCCUCCACCAGAUCCUGUGCCUGCGGCUGCUGCGGAUAUACAGCCAGGCCGAGCGGCAGAUCGAGGAGGACAGCCGGGAACGGGAGUGGGAACGGGAAGUGCUGGGGGUGAAGCGAGAGAAGAGCGACAGUCCGGCCAUCCAGCUGCGCUUGAAAGACCCCAUGGACAUCGAAGUGGAAGACUACUACCCUGCUUUCCUGGACAUGGUGCGGAAUCUCCUGGACGGCAACAUGGACUCCUCCCAAUACGAGGACUCCCUGCGUGACAUGUUCACCAUUCACGCCUACAUUGCCUUCACCAUGGACAAGCUCAUCCAGAGCAUUGUCAGACAGCUCCAGCACAUAGUGAGUGACGAAAUCUGCGUGCAGGUAACCGAGCUCUACCUGUCUGAGAGCCACAACGGUGCCACGGGAGGGCUGCUGACCUCACAGUCCGCUCGCUCCCUGGUGGAAACGGCCUAUCAGCGCAAAGCCGAGCAGCUGAUGCAGGACGAGAACUGUUUCAAGAUGAUGUUCAUUCAGAGCAGAGGCCACGUUCAGUUAACCAUUGAGCUGCUGGAUACCGAAGAGGAGAACUCCGACGAUCCUGUUGAGGCAGAGCGUUGGACGGAUUAUGUGGACCGCUAUGUCAACUCUGACUCCACGUCUCCUGAACUGCGGGAACAGCUGGCCCAGAAGCCGGUGUUUCUGCCCAGGAACCUUCGGCAGAUCCGCAAGUGUCAGAGGGGUCGAGAGCAGCAGGAGAAGGACAGCAAAGAGGGGCUGGGCAAGAAGCCCCUGGAGAACGUGGAGAGCUUCGACAAGCUGGAAUGCAAGUUCAAGCUGAACUCCUACAAGAUGGUUUACGUGAUCAAUUCGGAGGAUUACAUGUACCGGAGGACUGCUCUGCUGCGCGCUCACCAGUCCCACGAGCGAGUCAGCAAGAGGCUGCACCAGCGUUUCCAGGCCUGGGUGGAUCGGUGGACGAAGGAGCACAUCACCCGGGAGAUGGCGGCCGAAACGAGCCAGUGGCUCAUGGGCGAGGCCUUGGAGGGCCUCCUGCCCUGCACCACCACUCGCGAGGCCGAGGACUUGCAUUUUGUGAGCAUCAACAAAUACCGCGUGAAAUACAGCACAAUCUGUAAGACGCCCUGAACGCCGGUUGCGGGGAGGGAAAAGAGGGAAAAGGAAACGUGUUUGGUUGGAGGGGAGGGGAGGAGCACCCCCCCCCCAUACACACACACACACACACACCCUGCGGAGGGCAGUGCGGCGCGAGCCAAAUAAGGAGGACAGAUUCCUCUCCCCCGCUUCCCCUUACUCGCGCGGCUCCGUGACCCGACACUUCCCGCGACUCACUCCGACCGGAGACGUCCCGGGGCCUGUUUUCCCAUCGGUCUUGUGGAACCGAAGCCGGCCCGGCACCCAGGAGCAGCGCCCACGUCGGCCCGCGGGCACGGAAGCUCCGCGAAUCGCCCGAGGGGAGACGCACCUGGCCUCUACCCACCAGCAGCAGCCCUGAUCCUUCGGGUGCUUUGAGUAACUCGACGAGACUCGGUGCGUGGCGUAUCUCCCCCCUCCCCUUUCUCCCCCUCCCCUCCUUCCCGAAAGACGCGAGUUUUAAGUCCAGACUCUUUUAAGGAACACCAGAAGUGCGGCGUCCCUCGUCUCCACGGGCCUCGGCGGCAGACUUUUUGCAAACUUUGAGCCGCUUCCUGAGUUCUGCAGACCAACCGGGGGGGGGGGGGGGGGCAGACCCCCCCCCGGGCGUCUACGGGUCUGCCGUUUCAACUUUUCCUUCUCAUCCGUUGCGCUCCUGUGACCGGGGACUCCCGACGUCCCUAAACCGAUUUAAGAUCAGUCUGUUCUUUCUAGUGCCAGUGGAACUACCAUUUUAUUUGGGUUUUAUUAUUAUUAUUAUUAUUAUUAUUAUGACUAUUAUUAUGUUUUGUACCUGCUUGUUUACUAGGCUCUUAGUGCCAUGCACCAGCUGUCCACACACACACACAUCCACACACACACACACACACACUCUCUCUCUCUCUCUCUCUCUCUCUCUCUCUCUCUCUCUUUCUUUCUCUCUCUCUCUCACACACACACACACAAUCUUCUCAGUCACACAUGCACGCUUUGACAGUAGCAACCACAACCGAAUUUAAACUGGUUCUUCGCCUUCGGCUCCCAUCCAUCUUGCUUUCCUGGUUGGUUUUUUUUUUUUUUGUAAAUAAAUGUACAUAUUUGUCAAUUUUUUUUUUAAUUAAAAGAAUAAGUGUGCUUAACGUGCUAGUACAACUCUUACUAGCUUUUUUUUUUUUUUUUUUUGAGUUACCGGAUGGUUUCAGGGUUUUUGGUACCUUACAGGGCGAGAGCGGCGAAAUCAUUUUAUUACACUUUCUACCAAAGGGAGUUGUCGUUGUAAUGCUUUCGUGUGAAGGUUGUUUCUCUCUCUCUCUCUCUCUCUCUCUCUCUCUCUCUCUCUCUUUAUUUUUAUUUUUUUGUAAGAAUAAACGAAACCCCCUCCCCCGCCACACAGACACACAAAUAAAUGAACAAUAAGGAGAAGGAUCUUAGUUCUUCCUGGGAAAGAGAGACAGGGCUUGCCUGGCCCCCUUCGCUCUGUUCUGAGAGGCUGCUUUUGGUAGGAGAUCUAUUGGAUCUACUCAUCAGGGAGAAUCUACUUGAGCACAGGUGGGGGGUGGGUGGGGAGUGAGAACCGGGGGUGCAAGAAUACACACGUACCGCAGCUCAACACAUUUUUCAAGCCGCUGUUUAAUAGACAAAUCUACUGUCUACAUCUCACUCUUGCUUUCAGUUCAGGUUUUGGGUGGGUGGCUUUGGAUCCACCAUCCGGGUCUUCCAGCCCAGCCAGCCUCAGACUUUGGGGGAAAGUGAGGCUGGGCUCCCUCGUUGAGGGUGACGGGGCUUUUUGUACCACUUUCUCUGCUGCUUUGGGAAAAUAAAACAUGGUUAAGUAACAAACCAGUAUUGAACAGAGCCACAUUCCUCUGCGCGGGGACAAGCCCAGAAAUAGUUAAAGAAGGUGAAGUGAAGGAUGGGAUUUCAGCUUUGAGAUGAUUCCCGUGUCUUUAAUAUAUAUAUAUUUAUAUUUUCCAUGUAUUAUGGAAGGCAGGCAGAGAAAUAGGAAAGGGGUCUUCGCACGACUGUCCUGGAAGUUGUGAGCAGUCAGAGGCUUUGUGCUUUUCAAAAAGAUAGGCUUCCCUGCACAUGGGCUGCUGGUUUUUAGUUAUACACACAAACACACCGACACUCGCAGAGAGAGAGAAAGACACACACAUACACACCUAAUCAGUCGGGCAGUCUCUCAGAACAGUCUCGUGAUGGUCCAAGGCAACGGGACGGAAAAGAGAGAAGGCCCCUGCGGGAAUUCUCUCGCACUAUUGGAAAAGGGGGGCUUGGAGUUGGUAGGGCGGGGCAGGGUGGGGUGGGGGGGAAGACUCCCCAGGGAAGGAGAUGGGGCACAGCAGUAGCAGCUCCUCCGAGCCAGAAUCCAAUAAGCAAAAUCUCGAGUAUGCCAGCAAUAAACUUUAACCUCCCCCCACGCUCCCAUCCUGGCCUUGUUAAUAAGGGAGGUUGGGAAGGGGCUGCGGGGAGGGUCUCGGCAGGGCCAUUGCGGAGUGCCCCACGCGGCUUGUGCGCGUCUCCCCUCUGCUCCACUCUCAGAGUCAUCUCCGCCGCUUCUGCCCCCCCCCCCAUUUCCUGGUGGGCUUCCAAAAACAAGAACGUCUCGCCCUGGUUUUCUUCCACGAAUUUUACCCAAGAUUUUCCUUGAGCGGGGCAGAAAAAAAUCAGGGCAGAAUCCUUGCGGUUCCCAGGUCUGGAGUGGGGGGGACGGGGGACGGGACAGAAUCGCCUUCAAGCCUACCGAAACUCCAGACCCCCCCCCCUCUAGUGGGGGUUUCCCAAUGUUGCUUUUCUCUCUCCCCCCCCCUCCAGUCCCCAUUAUCCUGGUGUCUGAUAUCUAAGAUCCAAGGUCCAAUCCUGGCCUGUGCCAACAGCAACACAAGGUGUUCCUUCUGAUUUUAAAAAUGGCUUUCUUAUUCUGUAAUGUGCUUCUUCUUUUCUCCUUCUUCUCCUUCUCUUCCUCCUCAGUCUAAUCAUCCUCCCCCCUUCUUCUUCUUCUUCUUCUACCCCUUACUUCUCUUCUCCUUUUUCUUCUUCUCUUUUUUCUCCUUUUUGCCACCUAUUCAUGUGAUGAUUUCUAUACAGAUGUUGUAAACUUGACUGUAGUGCAGUAUGUCCAUUAAAACUAUCAGGGCUA